AUGGGUCGCACACCAUUACAUGCAGCUGUUCAAUCUAACAAUGUUAGUGUAGUUCAGGAACUCACUGAGAGUGGGGCUACAGUAGAUGUUCAUGACAAUAAACAAUGCACUCCUUUGCAUCUUGCAACAGAUUGGGGAUAUAUUCCGAUGAUGAAAGCUCUUAUUCAAGCAAAUGCAGAUAUAUAUAACAUUGCUACUUAUGGCAAUAUGGGUGGUCAUGAUGCAGCAUUGGGUGGGAAAUGUGAUGUUAUCACAGUUAUGUUAGAGUCGGGGUUUGAUGUAAACUGCAAAAAUAAAAAAGGUAAUACAAUGCUUCAUUUAGCGGCUUUAAAAGGUCACAGAGAAUUAGUGCAACUCUUGAUCAGUAAAGGGGCAAAUGUUAAUGAAAAAAACAGCAAUGGUCGCACACCAUUACAUUCAGCUGUUGAAACUAACAAAGUUAGUGUAGUUCAGGAACUCAUUGAGAGUGGGGCUACAGUAGAUGUUCAUGACAAUAAACAAUGUACUCCUUUACAUCUUGCAACAUAUUUAGGAGAUAUUCCGAUAAUGAAAAAUCUUAUUCAAGCAAAUGCAGAUAUACAUGAUAUUCAUACUUAUGGCAAUAUGGGUGGUCAUGAUGCAGCAUUGGGUGGGAAAUGUGAUGUCAUCACAGUUAUGUUAGAGUCGGGGUUUGAUGUAAACUGCAAAAAUAAAAUAGGUGAUACAAUGCUUCAUUUAGCGGCUUUUAAAGGUCACAGAGAAUUAGUGCAACUCUUGAUCAGUAAAGGGGCAAAUGUCAAAGACAAAAACAACAAUGGUUGCACACCAUUACAUUACGCUAUUCAACCUAACAACGUUAGUGUAGUUCAGGAAUUCAUGAAGAGUGGGCUACAGUAG